AUGUAUAACGAAAAGUAUGCGCUGGAUUUUCCAAAUUCACAUUAUUUGUCCAACUUAAACAACCUAAAUGGAACCAAUCAAUCGAUCCAUCUUAAUAGAUUACCAACACUAGGGGAGAUAUUGGCCAACAAGUCAAAGUCCCCAGUAGAUUUGUUUACCUUUUACCAAUUUAUGAAAGAUGUUGAAGGUAAAAUUGACUACUUGGACUUUUGGUUUGAUUUAAUUAACCACUUGAACUUGUGUAAACAUUAUGUCAAAGGGUUAAGAGAUUCUAUUAUAAGACAAUCAUCAACAUUUCAUCAACAGCAACAACAGCAACAGCAACAACAAGGACAUCAAAUAAUAUCGUCACUGCAACCACAGCCUCAACAGCAAGAUUUGUCGUAUGAAUCACCAGCAGCCGCUGCAGGGUUCCGCCACUCGAUGGCCAUUUCGGAGAAGUCAAAUCGAAAAUCAUUGAGCUCAUCUAUUCUAUUGGACUUGAUUAUCAAUGACAAUAUACUUGAAGAAAACGACUCGCACAGAUUAUCGGCAUUUUUAAGAGGUGACAUAAACUUGGACAAUCUAGAUCCAAAAUUAAAAGACUUAAUCGAACAAUACAAUGCCGAAGCUGAAUCCAAUUCCAAACAUUCAUCUCGAGUGGAUAGUGUGGCUAGGUCUUCACCAAGUUAUGUGUCAAACCCUAUAAUGAGUUCGGUACCGAUUGCAAGUCCCCAACAACCAUAUCUACACCAAGAUCGAAAAACUAGUUCGCAUUCGUUGUUGGUUCAUGAUGAAGAUGAUGAAAACAACCACUCCUACUAUGAAAAUCAAUUGGAUAUUGGUCGAGCAGAUAAGGCAGUCAGUGCAUCCAAAUACAUUUCCUUACAAUCAGAGAAUAAAGAUGUUUUCGGAAAGGAACAAGAAAAUGAACGUUAUCAACAUCCAACCAACCCAUUUGCCGAUACUAGUGCCAUAAAUACACAGAAAAAACGUGCUUCCGCUAUCAACCCUUCUUUAUUGGAAAAAUUGAUUAAGGACUCCCCAGCAUCAAACGGAACACACUCUUUUAUCACCAGAGAAAACUUACGUGAAUCGUCGCAUCAAUUGCUUUUGAAGUAUUUUGUUGAAGACUCAGAAAAGAAUCUUAAUUUACCAUCUAAUUUGAAUUCCCAAAUCAUAAAGGCAAUUGAAGUUGACGGACGUGAUGACCCAGAUGUAUUCAAUUAUGUGAAAAACUUUGUUUUCAACAAAUUGGAAAAUGAACAUUUGCCCAAGUUUUUGGACUUUAUGGCUACCAGAAACAUCAACCAUUCCAAUUUUUGGAGAAUUAUCUUAGGAUUCUUCUUCUUAUUUAUUGGAUUUUGGGUGAGUUUUAUAAUGGUAUUUCUAAAUUAUCGGAAAGGUUUACGGCCAGUUAUCAUUAUACCCUAUUUCUUGGCCUUCUAUUUUCUUAUUUCGUCAAUAUAUCUAAUAGACCCGGUCAUGGCAUGGAUGGGAAUAUCAGAAACGUUUUCCAAGAGCAAUGGGCGACUGAUUAUGAAAAUACGGGAGAAAUUCAUUUACCGAUUUAUCGUCAAACGAAGCCUUUGGGUGUUAUUUUUAGUUUUGAUAUUCACAGCUAUUUUCACCGUUCUUUUCAGUUUGGUUCCAGGUCAUCGAUUAUAA